ACAUCGUUUUAGAUUUUUGCAUUGUGUCAAAAAGGCUUUACACCACCAACCUAAAUUAGCUAACUCAAUCCGAAGAAUGUCAAAAUGAGUUCGCCAGGGGGCGUUCUAACUCCUGUUUAUGGGUAUGCCAUUUGAUUGUGGAAAAUGCCACCAGAUGGCAGUUUAGGAUAGCUUCUCUACUGGAAGGCGCGGUUCCACUUGGGGUCCAAAUUAAUAUUAAAAUUCCGAAUAACUACUAGCACAUUUUGACUUUAUGAACAAGCCAAUUGACAUCGAUACACCAAUUAUAGACUCAGGCUAUGACCCCAUCAGAAGUGUUUGCUCCAGUCAGUGCAGCAGUGUGGAGAUAGAGCUCCAGAGGGAAGCCACUAUUGAGCAGCCCUGAGGAGGACCCAACCGGACAGGACAGGACAGGAGGCCGCCAACACCAGGCUCCACUCCGGCAGCCACCCACAGCCAGCCCCACACUCUCUCCCUCUCUGCCCUACUCUCUGGCCCUCUCUGCCUCUGUACUCCGCUCAGCCAGCCAGGGCUCGCCACCAACAACGGCAGACAUCAACAUGAUCACCUCAGAGUUCCCAGUCCUGCAGGAGUCCUCCAAUGAGUCAGGACAGGGGGACAUGGUGGGCCUGAGCACGGUCAGUGUCAGCGAGCUGGAGGAAGGAGUCGAACCCAAGGGCAAGAGGAAGAGGGGCAGGCCAGGAAAGCAGGCGGCGAGCAAUAAAAAGGCACGGAAGUCUCCUAUAGUGGAGACCGGGCAAUUGGGUCCCCCUCGUGGGAAGAGAGCCAAUGGGGUGCCGGCCCAGCAGAACGGCGAGGGUGAUGCCACUACCCUGUUUGAGGUGGUGAGGAUGGGGAAGAGUGCCAUGCAGUCUGUAGUUGAUGACUGGAUUGAGGCCUACAAGCAGGACAGGGAUAUGGCUCUGUUGGAUGUCAUCAACUUCUUCAUUCAGUGCUCCGGCUGCAAAGGAACGGUGAGAAUCGAGAUGUUCCGGAACAUGCAGAAUUCUGAGAUUAUCAGGAAGAUGACUGAAGAAUUUGACGAGGACAGCGGAGACUAUCCGCUCACCAUGCCAGGGCCUCAGUGGAAGAAGUUUCGCUACAACUUCUGUGAGUUCAUCGGCGUGCUGAUUCGUCAGUGCCAAUACAGCAUCAUCUACGACGAGUACAUGAUGGACACGGUCAUCUCGCUCCUCACCGGCCUCUCCGACUCACAAGUGCGAGCCUUCAGGCACACCAGCACCCUGGCAGCCAUGAAGCUGAUGACAGCCCUGGUGAAUGUGGCCCUCAAUCUGAGUAUUAACCAGGACAACACCCAGCGACAAUACGAGGCCGAGCGAAACAAGAUGGCCGGCAAGCGCGCCAGUGAAAAGCUGGAGCUCCUGCUGGAGAAGAGGAAAGAGCUCCAAGAAAAUCAAGAUGAAAUUGAAAACAUGAUGAACUCCAUCUUCAAGGGUAUCUUUGUUCACCGCUACAGGGAUGCCAUCGCGGAGAUUCGAGCCAUCUGCAUUGAGGAGAUCGGUGUGUGGAUGAAGAUGUACAGCGACGCCUUCCUGAAUGACAGCUAUCUGAAGUAUGUGGGAUGGACUCUUCAUGACAGACAAGGAGAAGUCCGUCUGAAGUGUCUGAAGGCGCUGCAGAACCUCUACACUAAUCGGGACCUCUUUCCAAAGCUGGAGCUCUUCACCAACCGCUUUAAGGAUCGCAUUGUGUCCAUGACUCUGGACAAAGAGUAUGACGUGGCAGUGGAAGCCAUCAGAUUAGUCACGCUUAUACUGCAGGGGAGUGAGGAUGCCCUGUCCAACGAGGACUGUGAGAACGUCUACCACCUGGUGUACUCAGCACAUCGGCCGGUGGCGGUGGCUGCAGGGGAGUUCUUGCACAGGAAGUUGUUCAGUAGACACGACCCCCAGGCCGAGGAGGCCCUGGCCAAGCGCAGAGGCCGCAACAGCGCUAACGGGAACCUCAUCCGCAUGCUCGUGCUCUUUUUCCUGGAGAGCGAGCUGCACGAGCAUGCGGCCUACCUGGUGGACAGCCUGUGGGAGAGCUCGCAGGAGCUGCUGAAGGACUGGGAGUGCAUGACCGAACUGCUGCUGGAGGACCCUGUGCAGGGAGAGGAGGUGUUGGGAGAGCGGCAUGAGGGAGCCCUGAUAGAGCUGAUGGUGUGCACCAUACGCCAGGCAGCCGAGGCCCAUCCACCAGUGGGCAGAGGCACAGGGAAGAGGGUCCUCACCACCAAAGAGAGGAAGACUCAGAUUGACGACAAGAAUAAGCUGACGGAGCACUUCAUCAUGGCACUCCCCAUGCUGCUCUCCAAGUACCAGAUGGAUUCGGAGAAAGUGGCCAACCUUCUGCAGAUCCCACAGUUCUUUGACCUGGAUGUGUACAGUGCUGGCAGGAUGGAGAAGCACUUGGACGCGUUGCUGAAGCAGAUGCGCUUCGUGGUGGAGAAGCACACGGAGCCGGAGGUGCUGGAGGCCUGCAGCCGCACCUACAGCAUCCUGUGCAGCGAGGACCACACCAUCAUGAACCGCGUCGACAUCGCCCGCAGCCAGCUGGUCGACGAGCUGGUGGACCGCUUCGGCCACUCUGUGGAGGACUUACUGCAGGAGGGCGAUGAGGCAGAUGACGACGAUAUCUACAAUGUCCUGUCCAGUCUGAAGAGGCUCACAGCGUUCCACAAUGCCCAUGACCUGACUCGAUGGGACCUGUUUGACAACUGCUACCGACUGCUGAGGAUGGGGAUUGAGCAAGGCUCCAUGCCUGAACAGAUCGCCACCCAGGCUCUUCAGUGUUGUCAUUACUCCAUCCUGUGGCAGCUGGUGAAGGCCACAGAGGGAGCGCCUACUAAGGAUGAGCUGCUGGUCUUGCGGCGAGUGGUGAAGUCUUUCCUGGCCGUGUGCCAACAGUGCCUCUCUAAUGUGAAUACGCCCGUCAAGGAGCAGGCGUUCAUGCUCCUGUGUGACCUGCUGAUGAUCUUCAGUCACCAGCUGACGACGGGCGGCCGCGACGCUCUGCUGCCGCUGGUCUUCAACCCAGACAGCAACUUGCAGAACGAACUGCUCACCUUUGUCCUCGACCACGUCUUCAUCGACCAGGACGACGAGAAUCAGAGCAUGGAGGGCGAUGAAGAGGAUGAGGCCAACAAGAUCGAGGCCCUGCACAAGAGGAGGAACCUGCUGGCUGCCUUCAGCAAACUCAUCAUCUACGACAUCGUAGACAUGUGUACCGCAGCCGACAUAUUCAAACACUAUAUGAAGUAUUAUAACGACUAUGGCGACAUCAUCAAGGAAACGUUAAGCAAGACUCGACAGAUGGACAAGAUUCAGUGUGCGAAGACGCUUAUUCUCAGCUUGCAGCAGCUCUUCCACGAUCUGGUUCAAGACCAGGGCCCUAAUCUGGACCGCACCUCGUCCCAUGUCAGCGGCAUCAAGGAGCUGGCCCGGAGAUUUGCCCUCACCUUCGGCCUGGACCAGAUCAAAACCAGAGAGGCAGUGGCCACACUACACAAAGACGGCAUUGAGUUUGCCUUCAAGCUUCCACAUCCCAAAGGGCCCGAGUUUCCGCCUCUCAACCUUGCCUUCCUGGAGGUGCUCUGUGAGUUCUCCUCCAAGCUACUGCGACAGGACAAGAGGACUGUGCACUCGUACCUGGAGAAGUUCCUGACGGAGCACAUGAUGGAGCGUCGUGAGGAUGUGUGGCUGCCCCUCAUCGCCUACCGAAACUCACUGCUGACGGGAGGAGACGACGACCGCAUGUCCGUCACCAGCGCCAACAGCAGCAGUAAGGCCAGCUCCAUACGCAGCAAGAAGGGCCGAACCCCACUCCAGAAGAGGCGAAUAGACGAGGAGAGUGUUGACAGCUCUUGGUCGUCAUCCAUAAUGCGCAAUGACACACUACCAACACCGGGGGCGCUGCAGACGCCGCAGCUCACGUCCACAGUGCUGAGGGAGAACCCGCGCCAGGCAGCCGACCACAUACCCCCCGAGCAGGACUCGUCAGAGGCCGGCUCAGAACCGGACUACAUGCACAACCCUCAGAUGCAGAUGUCAUGGCUUGGUCAGCAGAAGUUAGAUGAAGCCAGUCGGAAGGACAGAGGGGGCGGAAACUACAUUAAGGGAAGAGCGGCAAACGUCAGACCACCAGUGAGAGGCCUGAUGGAGGACGACGCAGAGCCCAUCUUUGAGGACGUGAUGAUGUCAUCAAGAGGACAGCUGGAGUACAUGAACGAAGAAGACUCCAUGGUCAUGGAGGACACCAUGGUCAUCGAUCUGCCUCCAUCAAGAAAUCGACGAGAAAGAGCUGAACUCAGACCGGAUUUCUUUGACUCUACAGCGAUCAUUGAGGAUGAAUCUGGCUUUGGUAUGCAGAUGUUUUGAAGAUGGAUGAGAAGAUGGUCUGAGAACACUGGCACUGACCACUGCUCACGCUAACACUCGCAGUCCAACUUCUCAUAAAUGAUACUGUUUUGUGCGUCUCCUCAGUCUGCCCCAACACGGUUCUUUUUUGUUUAUAGUAUUGCUCUUUGUAAUUCACAUGUUUGUACAUAAAAUACUCCCAUUAACCUUUGUUUUCGCCUCUUUACAGUUAUGUGCCUAAUUGCAUUUGUAGUGGUAAGAAAUAUUCAACCUGUUACAUCAAGCAAAAUUAUUCCUCUCCCAAGCAUCAAAUGAUGUUCCUCUUUUAUGUGAGGCAUUUUUUUUCUUUUUUUUUCUUUUUGUUAUGGCAUAUCAAAGCUCAGCUUUGUGUUGGAUAUCAUGUGGCAUUACAGUUUCUGUUGACUCACACUGGAUGAAUGCACAGCCCCACUCUCUUCACUCAAAGGUAAAUGCGCAUCUGCCUUUCCUGUUUGUCAUCCCAUCUGUCUUGACAUGACACGAUGUGAGGUGUGGGGAGCAUAAGUCACGCCCCUCCAAUGGCCAGACUAGCAUCUUGCAUAGGCGUUUUUAUCUCACGCUAUGAUGCCAUGUUGUACUGGCAGAUGUGCCCAUCCUGGGUCCUGAAUGGUAAAACCCCGGCCUGCCACACAUUUGAUCCUACCAGUUCUGAAUCAGCUGAUUGUAAUGAGUGCUCAAGACGGGUAGACCAGUUACUAAGUGAACUUUUAGGGUUUUUUUUUGCUUCUGGACCAGAUUUUCAACACCUCUGUUCAUAGGACCAAGGUCCAAGAGUCCAAAAGGUCUUCACUUACAUUUGUCGGCUUUUGGAUCAUGGGCAAAAAUGAAAAAAGACUACUUCAACCAGAAUUGUUCUGCUCCCACUCUUUGAUUUUCACCUGAAACACCACAGGCAAAAAAAAAGCAGGAACAGAAAACAACCUGGUUGAAGCUGCCUUUUUUUCUGUUUUUUUUUCCCAUCUUGGGUGAAUUUCUCAAAACCAAAGUUGCUUACUACAUUAGCUACUUCGUUGCUUUCAAUGCAUUUUCCCAUUGGCAACUACCGAAGUUGCUAACAGGCUAACAACUUCCCUUUUGAGAAACUCACCCAAGGGUUGUCCUUCUCCCAGGUCAGACGUUUUGGAUGUGCAGGCUUUUUAACCUGCUCCUUCUGGAUCCUGGGUCUUAUGGAGGGGCGUAGCUUUGGCUCCCUGUGGAGAGCUCCCCAUCUCCAAGAGGAGUCACCUUUAGUAAUGUCAUGGUGGCUGCAGUCCACUCUCUUUCUGUCCUGUUGUGUUGUUUUACAGCAUCAGUGAUUACUGUGUAGAUAUGCAAGAGAUUUGGACUCGGUUUCAGCCUAAUGCCUUAACUGACUGACAGUACUAUUUUCAUUUCACUUUCAAAUUGUACACAAAAAAGAAGCAUAAAUCAGAAAAUCACUGAUAUGUUGUACCAAAUGGGGGGAAAACAUCUACAUAUUCACAUUUUUUAGUACUGGACUGAAGGGGGAGAAAAUGUAUUUAGGCCCUUGGCUAAAAUAUCCGAUGGUUGGACUUCUCUUCCUGUGAAAGCUCUUUUUGUAUAUGUGAGUAUGGGAUCCUGCAGCAUGUUGCAUUGUAUUUUGUGAAUAAUGUGGUAGCAGGCGACACUUGCGCCAAAUCCGAAACGUACACUGUUUCGCUUCAUAGUGCAUUAAAGGUCUUAGUUACGUUGUACAUUGCCCCCUUACAAGUGCACUAUAAAGUGAACACUUUAAAGUGUCCAGUGUGUAAUUUGUCGAGCUCUCGAUUUCCAAAAUGUAUGAUGCCCAUCCACAUUUUUUCAUGAAUAUUUACUGGUCUGACACCAGUUGGCUUUGCAGCCAAAGAUGUCUGUGACGGGUAAUUCAGAAUGGCAGAUUUACAUGGAUAUGAGCCACCUAUAAUCAUGUUUGAAAAGUGUUUCCAAUUUCCAAGUUUUAUUGAAUACUUAGAUAAUUAUGAUGGUAGUAAAUAUUCAUGAAAUAUUACAUUUGUGAAUGGGCUGCAGAAAUUCUGGAAAUAAACAACGUAAAACACACACACAUAUACAGGACCUUUAAAAUGACGGAUUCUGGUCAAGGCCCAUUAUUUGGUGCUGAGCAAGGCGCCUUCUCCCCGGCACAAAGACUGUGGUCCCAAACUCCUACUGCUCCUGUUUCUGCACAACCUAACAAGAGCAGUUUUAACCAACAUUGUUGCAGUUUUACAAUAUGCAUUUUGAAAGCGUUCUUUUUUUUCUUUGUAAGAAUAUUUUGAAUAAAGCUAUUUAAAAAUA